GGCUGAAUUCCUGCGCUUCCUGUGCAGGUUGGGCCUGGAAAAGCCCCAAGCCGUCAGCUUAGGUCUGGCCAGCCUCCCAGGCUUCAGAUGGCCAGAUGUGCAGGCAGGUGGGUCUUCUUCAGCUCCCGGAUUGACCAAAGGGAAGACCUUUCCACCAAGCAGGCAGGCAGGGCCUGAAGCAGGAAGGCAGAGAUUUUCCUGUUCUAGCACCUAUACCCUUGCUUCUCAUUCCGUUUUCCCCUGACCCAUUCUUGGGUGAGUGCCAGUGUUCUAGAAAGGGGAGAGAGGGCCAGGUUCUAGAAUGGUUUUCGCUCCAGAUCACAUCUGGAACAUGAGAAGGGCAUCUUGUACAUCAGCUGGGAAGAAAUCGCCUUGCCUUUGGCGGCUUCCUCUGCAGGGUCUUGCUUCUUUCCCUGGCUGCUUAAUCCUUUCUCCUACAGAUAGCUGCCCCUGGCAGUGAUUUCUAGAAGCCCUGUAGGCCUUGAGUGCCUUGGUUUGGCCCUGCUCCUCUCCGACCGUUGCCUCUCGCGGGCAUGAACCCGGCCCACGCCACGGUGCUCCUGUGGGUGUGGGGCUGUCUCCAGGCCUUUGAAAUUGUGGAGAAGGAGAACAUUUUUCAGAGGACCCCCUGCCCGGCUUUUCUGAUGUUUGACAAUGCAGCCUACCUGGCAGACAUGAGCUUCGAGCUUCCCUGCCACUGCAAGCCCGAGGAGGUGUCUGCCGUGGUCUGGUACUAUCAGAAGGACCUGGGCGGCAGCCACACCAAAGUGCUGACGGACUUCGACGGGCGGGUGCUGACAGAGGAGUCCCAGGUGCGCGUGGGCAGCGACAUGCUUGUUCGUUUCAGCAUCCGCAUGUUCAGCCUGCUGGUUUUCCGGGCCCAGCCCGAGGACUCGGGCCUGUAUUUUUGUGGCACCCGCAAGGGGGACUACUUUUAUGCCUACGACGUGGACGUCCAGAGCAGCGAGGGAAUGGUGGCCACCUUCAAGGACCAGGGCCAGGAGCCCUUUGCGGACGAGCACCAUGGCAGCCUCCACAUCUUCACCACCUUCUGGGAAUGGACCCCUUGCGACCGCUGCGGGGUACGCGGGGAGCAGUGGCGCAUCGGCCUGUGCUACCUGCGGAGCCCAGGUCUCUCCCCGCGCUACCGCAAGACAGUGCCCGAUGUGGUGUCCUGCGGCUCGCAGGCCGUGCCCGGGAAGCUUCGGGCCUGGGCCAGGGAACACAGCCCUGAGCUACUGGUUCAGAGCUGUGUGGUGCCCUGUGAGCAGAAGGCGGCUCGGGAGGGCUUCGUGGCCAUCCUCAGCUACGUGUCCAAGCUGGGCAGCCCACCCUGGGUGCCUCAGGUGCCCAUCCAGUUCCACUGGCAGAGGCUGGGCCACGGGCUCAUCAUCUCCUGCCCUGGAGCCCGGCCGGAGCACGCCGUGGCCUGGGACAAGGACCACCAGUACUUCUACCGCACGCAGUACCUGGAGGGCGUCAACAGGUCCAUGAGGGUGUUCAUCGACCACGGCAACCACCUCCACAUCCGCUUCACGCAGCUGAGCGACCGGGGCAUCUACUACUGCUGGCGGCAGGGGGUGCGGGUCGCUGGCCUGCGGCUGGGCGUCACGACCCGAGGCCGCUACCAGCCCUCGUUCUCGGACCCCGAGACCCGCUCCGCUGUGGAGCUCACCCUGAUAGGCUACCUGUUCAUCACGGCGGUCUUUGUCACCAUUCACCUCUGUCGGUGCUGCUGUUACUUAUUUCACUGUCAUCCCAACUUCUCCUCCUAGGCCACCCCCACCCCUUCCCCGGCUCCAAAGACCAGUUGUGCUCAGAUGUGUUUGUUAAAUGCUACCGAUGCCUUUGCGGGGGGCUGUGUGGCAAGGUUGUGUGUGUGUGUAUGUAUGUGUGUCAAUCUGUGAGUUACAACCCGCCCCUGGCAGGUGGAGAAGCCUGAGGCCGGCGGGAGAAGGGGGACCGAGGCCAGUAUGGAAGUAGCCAGAGUGUGCACCUUCCAACCUCGCGCUCAGAGAAGGAAGAAGUGAACCUAAUAUUUAUCAAAUGGCCUUUUUGAUGUUGGAACAGUGUUUGAGGUGCUUUAUUUUCUUGCCUUGGAGGAUUGCCGAGUGGGCGCUGGUUGAAUUGGGGGCAGCAGGGAGAGGAAGGGGGAGUGGGGGAGCCUGGUAUAUGUCCUCUUCUCUGGAAUGGCGGGUUUGGGAAUAAAGGUAAGGACUAGAACAGGGAAAACGGGUGAGGAAAAUGGAGGUCAAAGUCAGGGCUUUCCCCAGGGCUGGAGACUGGGUGACAAGAGGGGGCCGGAGGGGCACCAGGGCUGCCUCGUGGAGCAGGGCUGGAGUUGGUAUUUGUCUUGUGGCUGCUGCUGGGGGGGUCGGGGUCCCAAGAUGA